AUGCUGCGCAUGCUGCUGUCGUGGCGCGCGUCGCUCUGGAAGGCCGUCUGGCGCGAGCUCGCCGUCUGGCUCUUCCUCUACUUCGCGCUGUCGCUGGCCUAUCGAGUGGCGAUGACCGAGGACCAGCGCCACGUCUUCAACCGUAUUUGUAGUUAUAGCAUCUACUACACGAGCGCGUUCAACUUCGGGUCGCUGAGCCUCUUCCUCGGGUUCUACGUGUCCUACGUGAGCACGCGCUGGUGGCAGAUGUACACGACGCUGCCGUACAUCGACACCAUGGCGAACGCCUUGAAGGCGUGCACGGCCGACGACGGCGCGACCACGAAACGCGUGAUCAAGUACUGCCAGCUGUGCUAUUUGGUGACGUGCCGGUCCGUGUCGCGGCACGCGCGCGCGCUCUACCCGCGGCUCGAGGACUGCGCGCGCGACGGCUGGCUCGACGCGGCGGACCGCGACGCCUUCGAGGCCGUGAGUCGCGAGCUGCCGCACGGUUCAGCGUGGUGGAUCCCCAUCAUGUGGAGCGCGUCGCUCCUCAAGGACGCGCGCGCGUCCGGCGCCGUCGCGUCCGACCAGGCGCUCACGUUCCUCACGCGGGAGCUCCUGAACUUCCGGUCGCAGUGCGGCCGCAUGCUCGACUUCGACAUGAUCGGCGUGCCCCUGCUGUAUACGCAGGUCGUCACCGUGGCUUGCUACUCCUACUUCGUCUUCUGCCUCGUGGGCCGGGCCCAGUACACGCGCCCUCGCCAGCUCGGCGACCCCAUCGAUUUGUAUUUCCCCUUCUUCUCCGCCGUGGAGUUCGUGUUGAUCAUCGGCUGGCUCAAGGUCGCGUCGAAGAUGCUCGACCCCUACGGCCAGCGCUGCCUGCUCACGUUCGACGCCACGGACGCGACCUUCGACCUCAUCUGGGUGCUCAUGCGGAACCGCGAGGUCGGCGACGCCAUCGUCAACUUCGGCCACCCGAAGGCCGCGCCGCGCGGGGACCCGUGGCCGCCGGCCGGCUUCGCGCGAACGCCCGAGGCGGAGGCCGUCCUCUGCGACGGCGAAGGGACGCCCGCGCGGCGGGGCUCGCCGCUCAUGGUCGUCUAG